AAGCCUUUAUAAUCACCGCGAGACCCAAAGAUCUCAACAAUCUCUCCCCCAUCCCAUAGUGUGAUUCUGUUUUACUAUCAGAGAGCUUCUUUAGAGAGUUUGUUAUAACUGACUAAGUCGAGAUAAUGAGUGAACUCGAACGCGGAACGAGUCAGAUGACGACAACCGAGACACACCGCACGACGACGUUUCUUGACUUGCUCCGACGCCAGAUGAGCGGUGUGGAUCGCACAAGGAGGAAGCGGACUCUCAAAGAACGGUUGAGAUUCAAAGGCAUCGGGUGCUGUGGGCCCAUUAGGCGUCUCCAUCAGCCCAACAAUACUCUCCACAGUCCAACAACCUCAAGUGAAGACGAACUCGAAACCCGAUUCGCUCCCGGGUCGGACAUUGGAGCGGGCGCAUCGUCAGGAUCGGGUAUGAACCUCGCGACGGCGUUAGAGGCGGAGAGAUAUAACCGGGGCGAUCCGACGGAGGUCGACAUGACGCCGACGAGAGUGUCGUUGAUGAGAUUGCUGGAUGAGACGGCGGAGAGAGCCGUUGAUGAGGGGAGGGAGACGGAGAUAUCGACGGCGUUAACGGGGAAUGAUACGGUGUGCUGCGUGUGUAUGGGAAGAAAGAGAGGCGCUGCGUUUAUCCCAUGUGGACACACUUUUUGCAGAGUUUGCUCCAGAGAGCUGUGGCUGAACCGGGGCUCGUGUCCUCUUUGCAACCGUCCGAUCAUCGAGAUCCUUGACAUUUUCUGAAACUAAUCGGACGGGUCAAAGUUAUCGAUCACUGUGAGUAACUACGUUGAGUGUGAUAGGCGUCGAAGACAAAGUUUUAUUACGGUUUGUACUUUUGUUUAUGAGAAAGCUGAUGUAAAUGCGAAAAGAAAUGCGAGAGAUUUUGUUCACGAGGCCCAUUAAAUCAAAAUCUAAAGCCCAAUAAUAUGUCAUCGUGUCCUAGCUUAUGUUAGGGAGUAGCGAC